UUCUGUGAUAUUACUACAGAAGGAUCACAAUAUCACUGCGUAAAUCGUUGAUAAGACCUGUUGUCACAUGACUAUCAUUUCACUUUCUAGCAACGUCUGUGGUGUUAUCGGUGUUGUUAUCAUUUAUCGCACAAGCGAUUUGGUAUCCGUAAAAUGUGCACUAAUUCAUAUUUCUAUCUCGACUUUCUUUGUUUCAACUAGUUACCCGGAAUUGUUCGUUCCUGGUACACCGGUCUCGCCGACGAAAAAUAACGCCACAGCACCGUUUUGUCUAUACCGUGAUCUAUGGACGACGAAACCCCGUCAGCCGUCUCGCAUACUACGGCAGUAACGAAUGAUCGGGUGGAUACACCAUUGAACAGCUCUAUAGCGGACUAUUCGCCAGACGAUGAGGACCUCGACGAAGCAGCAGUCGCCGCCACAGCUGCGGCCGAAGCCACUCGGGACACGUUAGCUGACGGUCUGGUAGCCAGCCUACUCAGACCGUGCGUGGACUGCCUGGAUGCAUCAGUUCAGUGCACAAGGUUGAGCCAGCUUGAUCUGAAACUACAACUCGACUCAUUGGCCGCAGAAUUAAAGCGUCUGUCGCUGGCCCAGCAUGAUUACUUAUUUGCCGUUUCGUCAGCAACAUCACCACAGUCGCCCACCACUGCCGACAAGAUUGCAUCAGUUACUUCAUCCAAGACAGUUGCCAACACAAGUGUCCUACUAGACGGCUAUGCUCGUAGACUGUGCGAUGCUCGGGCUAAGAUUGCUGUAGUGGGAAACAUACUAGAGUCCACACAGGACCGCCUACGAGUACUCUCUCACCGCAUUGGACGAGAGCACAAUAAUCGCCGGUCACUUUUAGAACCUCCAACGGUAGUGAAUGGUUCGGUCACAGAAGAUUCAGAAGUGGAGGAGUUGGAAGAUAAAAUCAUAGUAGAAGAAAACAAUUAUAAUAAGGAUGAAAAUGAUAGCAAACAGGUGGAUGAAGCUGUAACAUCAACAACAGCAUCGGAACCAUCAACAUUAUCAUGAUGAUGGACGUUGCAGGCAUCCUGGUAUGUGACAGUUUUAAUUCGUCGACACCAUUAAUAAUAGACCACCAUUACCUAGAAGUUGCAACUGAUAUUAUGGUCUCGAUCAUUUUCAUUGUUGACCACUCUUAAUUCUGGGUUGAUGCAUAUCUGGAAAACAAUUGGUUGCAUCUGUCAGAUGAAACAGCGUAUGCUCUAUGGUUAUUUCUCUAAUUGACUGCCAUUACAGUUGGGAUGUUAAAUUCACAUUCCAAUACAUAUUAUUGCUGUAUAUAAACAUAAGCAAUAUUAUUUUAAUAUAUACAUUAUUAUAUUUAUAAACACUAUUGUAUAUUUUCUAUUAUAGUAC